CCUGAAAAGUUGGAACAUCACGGAUUAUUUUCAAACAUAUCAGAUCUUCCUCUACUGUUGGCAGCAAAAUUAGAACAAUAAUACAGAGCUUUCUUCUUUGAUUAUUCUUGUUUAUACUUGGCAGAGUGGAAAAUGUCCAUAACAAAUCAGGGCCACCAGAGAAUGAAGUUGCCAUGUCUUGUGGCUGAAUUCUCGGCAACCCACAUCAAUUUCUGCCCAUUGGGUUGCCAUAUUAAUGGCGGUUAGGCUCACACCCAAUAAUUGCAGAACAAUAUUCAUUCAGUUUUCCUUCAAUUUUGGUUUAGAUUCAACAAUGGGAGGAACCUCGGAAGAGAAGCACGAGGGUAAGGUUGAGAAGAAGGAGAAGAAGAAAGAUAAGGUGAAACAUGAAGAAGAAGAAGAUGAUCAUGGCAAAAAGAAGGGAAAGGAUAAGGAUAAGGAUAAGGAAGAAGGUGAAAAGAAAGAGAAGAAGAAAAAGGACCCUGCGGAUAUGAAGGAUCCAUUAAAGCUCAGACAGAAGCUUGAGAAGCUUGAAGACAAGAUGCAGGCUCUGGCGGUUAAGAAGGAAGAGAUAUUGAAACUGAUCCAUGAAGCUGAACAGAAUGCUGCUCCAUGAAAUCUGGAAUGAGUAGGAUUCUACUACUAUCUCUUGAUGAUGCAGCUAACAGGAUCAAAAGAUUAGAAGGCUCAAGUUUUGAAAAUUUUAUAUCUCUUACUGUAAUACUUCUUGAAGAAAUGAAGUUAUGAUACCAAAAUCACCUAA